AUGGCUGGACGACGACCCUCAGAGACAAGUGCUCUCCUCAACGAGCAUGGCAUCGAUGAUUUUCGCAAGUCUGUCGAGCAAAUACAUCAAAGGUACUACGGUGCUAUCGAGGACAGCGAAACUACCACGUUACUGAAGGGUCCCGAGCUCGAAACAACAUGGCAGGCUGAAACUAGUCUGCUCGCCAGAUACUCUGCUCCGCUGAUUAUUACCUAUCUCCUUCAGUAUUCUUUUAGUCUGGUUACUGUCUUCGUGGCUGGCCGCUUGGGUACGAAAGAGCUGGGCGCUGCGUCGCUCGCCACCAUGACUGCCAAUAUUACGGGUUUAUGCAUUUACGAAGGUCUGGCAACCAGUCUCGAUACAUUGACCUCUCAGGCUUUUGGCAACGGCAAGAAGCAGCUUGUGGGCCUCCAUGUUCAACGCAUGAGCCUUUUAGUCUGUGUUGUAACUAUUCCCAUUGGUAUCGUCUGGAUUUGCUCGCCCUGGAUACUGUCUGCCUUGGUUCCUGAAAAGGACCAGGCUGUCCUUGCGGGCCAAUUCAUGCGAAUCUACUUGCUGGGUGGUCCUGGCUGGGCAAUCUUCGAAGCUGCAAAACGAUUCUGUCAGGCCCAGGGUGACUUCACUGCAUCGUUGGUGGUAGUCGGCAUCUGUGCUCCUCUGAAUCUCCUUUGGAAUUGGCUGCUUGUCUUCCAUUUCAGACUGGGCUUCCAGGGUGCUGCAUGGGCUGUUGUCGUCUCCAACAAUUUACAGCCUAUUGUCUUGGCCCUGUACAUUGCCUACUUUGCUCGUUCAAAUCUGCAAUGCUGGCCCGGCCUGGAUCUUCGACGAGCGUGUCAGAAUUGGGGGCCCAUGGUCAAACUCGCCAUUCCGGGUGUCAUGAUGACCUUUUCUGAAUGGUUAGCUUUCGACAUCCUCACGAUUGCUGCCGGUCAUCUUGGCGAGAUCGAUCUGGCUGCCCAAUCGGUCUUAAUGACCAUCGUGGUGACCAUGUAUCACAUUCCCUUUCCGAUUUCAAUUGCGGCCUCAACCCGGUUUGGAAAUCUAAUUGGAUAUGGAGCGCUGGAAGCUGCUCGGCUUGCAUGGAGAACCCACUACCUGGUGUUCGUCUGUAUUGGAACAUUUGAUGUGAUCCUGUUGACAUCGUGUCGGCACAUCAUUGCAGAAGUCUUUACAAAGGAUGAUGCAGUCCGUGCUGCUAUUACCAAGGUGGUCCCCAUAGCGGCAGCCGCCCAAUUUUUCGAUGCCCUCCUGGCGCUUUCAAAUGGCCUGCUGAGAGGCCUGGGAAGACAGAAGAUCGGAGGAUGGGUAAAUCUUGGAGUCUACUACUUGUUUGCGCUGCCACUUGCCUUCUUUCUCGCCUUUGGACCGGCUAAGAUGGGACUGACUGGCAUGUGGAUCGGCCCAAGUUCUGGAUUGGCCGGCGCCGCUAUUUCCAUGUUCCUGUACAUGCGUUACACAGACUGGCAGAAGGCAGUCGAGGAUGCAAGAGCCCGAGAAGAAUAA